UAUCACUGUGAACACAGAGAAGCUACGAUGGCCAGAACCAAGCAGACCGCCCGUAAGUCCACCGGAGGAAAGGCUCCCAGGAAGCAGCUGGCCACCAAGGCUGCCCGCAAGAGCGCCCCGGCCACCGGCGGCGUGAAGAAGCCUCACCGUUACAGGCCCGGUACCGUGGCUCUGAGAGAGAUCCGCCGCUACCAGAAGUCCACCGAGCUGCUGAUCCGCAAGCUGCCCUUCCAGCGCCUGGUGAGGGAGAUCGCUCAGGACUUCAAGACCGACCUGCGCUUCCAGAGCUCCGCCGUCAUGGCGCUGCAGGAGUCCAGCGAGGCUUACCUGGUCGGCCUGUUCGAGGACACUAACCUGUGCGCCAUCCACGCCAAGAGGGUCACCAUCAUGCCCAAAGACAUCCAGCUGGCUCGCCGUAUCCGCGGGGAGAGGGCUUAAACUGACCGCAGACCAACCAACACACAACGGCUCUUUUAAGAGCCACCUACUCCCUUAAGAGCAAACGGUCUUUAAUGACAAACACCUGUUGCUAUGACGACGUUUAACUGGCUGCCAGAUGUACCGCUCAUAAUGUAUUAUCUGAAAUAUACUAGUUAGUAUUAAAACAGCCAGUUAAGAGAAAUGCAUUUGUGUAUUUAAGGAUAUUAACUGAUGGAAUAACGAUGAGAACUUCUGCCAACCAGCAUGCACUGUCUCAAGGCUCGGAGAGGGCUCGUGCAGCUCCGACAUGCCCCCCCCCCCCCC